AUGGAUGCUAAAUUGAUCCCUUAUAACGAUUAUAUUUGCAAAAUAACUCAAACUUUUGAUUUGAUAACAUUCGAACAUGUCCCAUUGAAAAGGAACCAAGUUGCAGAUGCAUUAGCCACUCUUUUUGCCAUGUUUAAUGUAGCUUACAGUGAAGAAGUUCAACCUAUAAGGAUGGAGAAGUAUGAGACACCAUCCUACUGUAUAAGCAUCGAGCGAGAACCUGACGGUAAACCUUGGUAUCAUGAUAUUAAGCACUACCUUGCAUAUCGAGAGUAUCCAUUAGGGGCAUUGGAAAAUAGUAAAAGCACCAUUAGGAAGUUAGCCCUGAAGUUCUUUCUGAGUGGUGCAGUAUUAUACAAAAGAAAUUAUGAUAUGACUCUACUAUGA